AUGUGUUACUACGGCAGCUACUAUGGAGGCCUGGGCUAUGGCUAUGGUGGCCUAGGCUAUGGCUAUGGUAGCCUACGCUAUGGCUAUGGCUGUGGCUGUGGCUGUGGCUAUGGUGGCUAUGGUUAUGGCUGCUGCCGCCCACUCUGCUGUAGAAGGUACUGGUCCUGUGGCUUCUACUGA